ACCAUGGCGGCUGCUGCUGCUGUUGAUAAUGACAGUCCCAGUGGCCGUGGUGUAUCCCGUGGGGCUGUGGAGGUGUCGUGCGGGGCCGGCGGUGCGCUGCGUGUACGCCCCGCUGCUGCGAGCGAGUGGCUUACAUGCGGUGCGGGCAGCCGCGUGUCUGCAUGUGGGAAGUACGCAGACCUCUGCCGCCAGCGUACCGCAAGAGCAACAACAACAAUAAGGACUACUACUGUUAAUGCUGGACAACCAAAGGCGGUGAUGGCUUUUAUUGAUGGGUUUCCUUACGCUGUAUCGUGGCCUUCAGAUAAAGAAUCAUCAGGAGGACUUAAGUCGGAAAAGCUGCUUGUCUCAACUCCUGGUGAUGCUGUUCCUUCGAAAGAAGGUGAAACAGUAACGGAAGUUCACGAUCGUGUUGAUAACGAAGCACUCUCUUCCCGCACUUUGAAUGAUUCUGCUAUAAGGACAGUGGAAACACCUCUCCAACCCACAGCAAAUCAUUCCAAAGGAGGUAGUGAUGGACAGCAUGGUCCGAAAGUUGUGAGUGAGGAAGAAGCAGAGAAAGAUAGUAAGCCACCAAAGUCACAAUAUCCUUCUAAUCUUACUCGUGUACAAAAGAUAGUUGGUGAUGUUUAUCCCACUGUUGAUGAGUUUCCUUAUGUUGCAAGGACAAAAGAUGACAUUGAUAAGGCUAAUGCGGAAGAAAAGUCAUUAACACAGAAAGAUACUGAUGAAAAAGCUUUGGAGAAGAAACAAGAAAAAACUGUACCAGUGCAAUCUACAGUGUCCUCUUCUGAGAAUUCUGCAUCAGAACUUCAUACAAAUAAUUUAGUCGAAGGAAACACAACAGUAACAGGUACGACUACAACACAAAACCAAACUCAGGAACCCAAUAAAGCAUCAGAAGACAACCAACCCGAUUCAAGUAACAACGGGAAUAAUAGUACAAACCACGACCAUAAUUCUACCCAGGUGCCAUCCCCUACAGAUGCUGAUGCGACUACAACACAAAACCAAAAUCAAGAGUCUAAUACGCUACCACAAGAACACCAAGGAACGCCGAAGAACACAUCUGAUAACACUGCAGCCGGUGAUGGUAAUCCUAACCAGCAAUCUUCUGCAGCUGAAGGUGCGACUGCCACAGACGGUUUACAGGAGAAUGCCAAUGCUGACUCAACGGCCACCACCACCACCACAACAACAACAACAACAACACUUUCUCCUGUGACCGACACAAAGAUAAGCAGCAACAUCGCCUCCGCAUUACAGAACAAGGGUAAUGUUGACAGCAGUGUCAGUCCUGUGUGGAUGCGUACUGCAGCUCCGCUGCUGAUUGUGGCUGUGUUGGUCUCCGUUACUGUGUACUGA